CCACAAUUAGAUUGUUAGAGUCCGAACGCGCAGAGUUGGCUGCGGAAGAGCCCGAAAAAUCCUUUUGUUUCAAAAGAAAUCUUAUUCGAAGAUCCCGGAUCCUUCGCAGGAUCGUCUAGUGCAAUACGUAGACUAGGUAAUUUGCUUUUGGAAAAAUAAGGACACUGCCAGGGCCGUCGAUUGUUGCCCCCCCGCCGACGAAAGUCAAGACAAGAACAAGAACCAGACGACAACAAAGCGGAGACAAAGAAACGAAACGAGCGCCAAACGAAGUCAGUCGCGGAAAAACCUUGGGUGACUCACUGCCAAUAUCACUGCCAAUUGGAGACUGAUCACUGCCGUUGAAAAAAACACACACAUAUCCUUGGAGUUCCAAAUAAGCGGAGUCCCCGGAACGGAAAAAAAUAACCACAUCCGGAAUGCAGCCGCCGGAACGAGAGAUUGGAAUGCUGAAAAAGCAUCGCGAGCACAUCCGCAAGAAUCUGGACUUGCUGGUGAAGUCGACGAACUAUGGCCUACUGGCCGCGGAAUGCGUCCACCAGGGAAUCCUCUCCGUUCAGAUGUUGCGGAAUGCGGAGGACCUCAAUGGGAAGCGGUUCAACAUGGACGAGGAGGAUGUGCGCUUGGAGCAGCAUCGUCGGCUGUUCCUGAAGAUCACCCAGCGGGGUCCCACUGCCUACAACCUCCUGAUCACUGCCCUGCGGAAGGUCAAUUGUCUGGAUGCUGCCAAGCUGCUGGAAUCCGUCGAUGAGUCCGGCUCAAGGCCACCGUUCAUUUCGCUGAACGAACGAAACACACGGCGGAAGUCAGCCGAUAUCGUGGACACUCGGUCGUCAGAAGCCUACGAGGGAGCCUGUGUCAGCAAGAAACCCCUUAGUAACCCACUUGGACCACUCACCCCUUACCUGGCGCCCGUCGAGGGACCCCACCGCGACAUUAAAAAGUCGGACAAGAUUUACACAGAUGACGUGGUGGGCACAUAUAAGAUGCGAUCCCGUAUGAACCGCGGCGUUUUGCUUAUGGUGAACAUCAUGGACUUCCCAGAUCCCAAACGCAAGCGAAAUGGAGCCGAGGUGGACAGCAACUCGUUGAUUCACUUGUUCCGCGAACUGGGCUUCACGAUUUUCGCCUACGGGAACAUGAAUCAGCAUCAGUUCUUCGACGUCCUGCGUCAGGUCACCUCCUCGUCGUAUGUCCAGAACACCGAGUGCUUUGUGAUGGUGCUAAUGACGCAUGGCAAUCGCGUGCAGGAGAUAGACAAGGUGGAGUUCUGCGAUGGAUCGGUGGUCGAUAUGCAGAAGAUAAAAAACCACUUCCAGGCGAACAUCAGUCCUCUGUUGGUGCACAAGCCAAAGGUGCUUAUCUUCCCCUUUUGCCGUGGCGAUAAUCCUGAUUUGGGGCAGCCAAAGGGCCAAUACGAUCCCAUGGAGCCUCUGUAUACACUGCAGCAGGAAGAGGAGCCCGAGGUCGAGACGGAGGGCAUGUCCUCGGCGUACACGAAUGUGCCAACUCUCGCGGACACUCUGGUCUGCUAUGCCAAUACGCCGGGCUAUGUUACCCACAGGGAUCCCGAGACGGGCAGCUGGUACAUCCAGAAGUUCUGCGACGUGAUGGCCGAGCAUGCCCACAACACAAACGUCGAGGAUAUCCUGAAGAAGACGCACGCCUCCGUGGGCAACAUGCGAACCAAAAAGGGUUCCAUGCAGACCGGCGCCUUUGACAAUCUCGGCUUCAACAAGAAGCUCUUCUUCAAUCCGGGCUUCUACAGCGAGUAGUCACAGCCACUGCCCAUGAUGAAAGCAUUCCCGACUGAAUAUUUGCAUUUUUUAACCGUAUUUUUUAUGUUUGUAUUGUCGCAUUUAUGUAUGUCUUUAGAUUAUGUGUUUUGUGCUCGCGUGCUAUAUAUUUGUAAUUUAAAAUUUAUACUCCCCUACAAAUUCUUCGAAUACGUAAGUUGCAUACCUCAUUUAAAGGUACGAAAAUUAUGUCAAUGUGAUAACUAUCAGCAAUUUAAAGAUCAAACCAGACAAACGAGAUUUUUGUAAAAUUUAGCAAUUCCAGUUUACACAGCCAGAUUUCAGAAAUCGAACUAAGUUUUCCAGUCUGAUUUAAGAAUUUGUACAUUUAAAAAAAUAAACGAUGGCAUUUUUUGACAAAC